AUGUCUACCUGGAAAGAGAGGCACUACCUUUGUACGGAGAAAUAUACACCAUGGCCGGGAUUUUCUCCCCGACCCUACCACAAACUAGCGACUCAGAAGCCUCCCUACACAGAUACCAAAAUCAAAGUUUGCCAGAAAAUCCGUUGCCCGCUGGAGGAAGCUGUCCUUUGGCACAUCUGGGGCUACCACACCUGGCUGGAUGUAGGGAGAUUGCCCCCCGUCUACCGCUCCAGACCCGACAAGCCUUUUGACAGCAACACCUGGCGGUGGAUCACUGCCCCCAGGAAGCCCUCCAUGGCCGAGCCCCCGGUCCCCCCUCCUUCCCUCUUGGAUGGGAACACCUACCUCAAGUUCAUUGAAGGGGAAGGCCUGUUUGUGGACCUCAGGCACAAAAAGCGAGUCCUGAGCCUAACGCGGGACGAAGUGAGCAAGUGUGAGCAGCUGAAGCUGAGAAGUGAAUGUCGCGCUCCACCUUUAGAUGCUCAAGGAAACAUUAUGCCUCCCAAGGAGCUGAGGCGGUACAACUAUCUGCUUUCAGGAAAAGCGCCAGCGUCCGUCUUUGUGGAGCUACAGCCUGUCGUGCCUCCUGCUCCAGAAUGUUGGAAUUAUCCCUGUCCAAGCCUUCAACCCCAUUAUGAAGACUCUGCCGCUAAGUUUGCUCUGAAGAACAACAGCCCCAUUUACCAGGAGGUGGUGGGAAAAUACCAGGAGCUGAUGCUGUCUGGGAAUCAGAUAUGGUCCUCCACCACUCCAGUCAGCCAAAUAAACAGGAAAGCCUGA